AUGACGGAAAUUCGAGACCAAUCGAUUCCACGCGAAGAACGGGUCCUGCUCGCCGUGAAGGCCUAUCAGCAAGGCCAAUUCGACAGCGCCCACAAGGCCGCGACGGCAUACGAUGUCCCUCAAUCGACAGUCUCUGCUCGACUGCGCGAGACUGCCCUCGUACAAUGGGUCUUGUCGAUGGACGAGCGAGGGAUGCCGCCGACAGUGGUCUACACUCGCCGCAUGGCCAACUUGUUGCUUUCGGAGCGCUGCCAAGAAACUGUCGGCGAAAAUUGGAUGAUGCAAGAAUGGUACGAUCGGGUGGCAAUGGCGAAACAGAAAUGGGGGAUUCUUGAUGAGGAUGUCUACAACUUCGAUGAGACGGGUUUUCAAAUGGGAGUCAUUGCGUCGGCAAGACCAGGAAAUCGAGAAUGGGUUACCGUAAUUGAAUCUAUUAAUUGCCAAGGUUGGGCUUUGCCGGCGAUGGUCAUCUUCCAGGGCAAGGUGCACCAAGCAAGCUGGUACGAGGCAGAUGUGCCCAAGGACUGGCAGAUUGCCCCUCUGGAUGUCGGGGUCAACCACAUCGAUAAAGAGGACUUCCUGCUUCUGUACAUCGAGGCCCGCCGACAAGCGCUCUCCCGUCGAACAUCCGAAGUGGAUUCAUGGCCACAGGCCUUUCCCAUUCAAUCCGACCCGGGUUCUGUCACGGUUACUAGUUCAGGUUGA